AGACAUGGAUUUGGAAAGCAACCUUAUGAAAACCAUAUACAUAGUGAAGGCAGAAAUUGAGAAGCAGGAGAAGGAGAAUCGAGUGCAUGAGUUGGAAUUGAUUCUGGGCAAAGUAAUGAUUAAUGAAAAAAUGCUCAAGGAGCUUAUCCUAGAUGAUUUGCUAGACUUGCGGGGGCUUGUGGAUGAAAAAAUGAAAGAAUUUCGCCAGGUGCAUGGAGUUGUUGAGGAUAACAACUCUGGAGAAGCUAGUGGAGAGAAGAAUUAA